UAUGAUAAUGACGAAAUAGAAGAGGCCAUAAAAUGCUUCAAAGCUAUUCCCCAAAACGCUAAAAUUAGUUUUAAUAUAAGUUGCUGUUAUCUUGCUCUUGGGAAUGUCCAAUUAGCAGCAAAGUUUGCAAGUUAGCGAUCUCAAAUACCAAAAAAUGCUGGAUGCGUUACUGUUGCAAACCUACACAAGUUCUAACUACAAUUAGUCAGUCUAAAAUACUCUGAGAACCAUUUUUUUCAAGAUAGGAAAUUCAAAAAUGUUCGCUUUUGAUAAGGUUCUUGGAAUAUUAUAAAUAAGAAUUUAAACAUUAAAUUAAAUAUAUAUCAUUUUCAAGUGGCAUUUUAAAAAUAAACAAUGCGUUUGAAACUGGAUCAAAUUAGACGAACAGUUUCAUUUUCAAGGCAAAGAGUUUCCAAGAAACAAUUAAUUUGGAUCCGUUUAUGGCAAUAGCUUAUUACAUGUUAGGCUUGACAAACUGCCUUGAUCAGGACUACAUUAGCGCGUUUGAAAACUUUCAAAAAACUAAUGAGUUGUUAAGAGGAAAUCGCAUGGUAGACUAUCGCCAACUUGGAUUAAAUUUUCAACUUUACCAAUGCGAGAUACUGACUAACCAGGCUUAUACCUACUACCGCAGGAAGAACUACAGGAAAGCAAAGGUAAUGCUGCUUCUAGCAAUAAACUGUAAAGUGGAAAAAAGACAUGAAAAUAUUGUUGAUUUUCUUAAUAAUAUACAGGCUGGAACUUCAAUUAAAUUAUUUGUUCCAUCACCAAAAGUAAUUUACAGACCUUCAAAAUUAUUUGUGGAGAACCUGAAAAAAAAAGACUUCUUAGGAAAAUCGACAGUUAUUGCCACUGAAAACGAAGAUAAUAUAUAUAUAUGUUUUUCUGGACUUAAGGAAAAGUUCGUUUCUCAGCAACAACCAAUUAUUCCUAACCGAAAAACUAUGCUCGAAGAAAUAAGGCAACCAGAACGAAAAAAAUCCUUAAAACAUAUUGGAAAGCCUCCUAAUAAACAACUUCCAAUAUUAAAAGCAAAACCUGUAUUUGAUAUAAAAUCUCAGACUCACGCUGAAACCAAUAAGGUUUUAACUGAAUACAAUUACAAGUUACCUCCUAAACCUGUAUACAAUGUACAAAAAUCAACAACGAUUUCUGAUUUUAAAAAUAAAAAUACUAAUCACCAUCAAAAGUUUUCAAUGAGUGAACCAAAAGAAGGUAUUUCUACAAAAAGCAAUAAUAUAGAUCAAUACCCACCUUUGGAACUUCAAGAGCCAAAAAAUACAUUCGACAAUAAUUAUUUUAUUUUACUUGAUCAAAGUGCAACAAUAAACAAUGAAUACAAUAAACUAAAUUUUCAAGGUAAUGAAAAAGCAGGUGAUUUAGCAGCAAAUCAAACUACACCUAUUAUAAAAAACGGUGAAAAGUUGGCGUUAAAAUAUAAGUUAAUGGAUAAAACAUCUGGAUUCAACUCCGUCACCGAUGAUGAUUUAAAGUAUUCUGAGCAAAAUAAUGACUCAGAGCCAAAAAACUUGGAGUAUUUUGACAUCGAAGUUCAGUAUACCUUUACAAAAAAAGUGCGAGUAAAUCCUAAAAUCUCAUUGUAUGAUGUUGAAAAUCUGAUAAAAUCUCAAACAAUUCCAACGGAAAUUGAACUAUGCUACAGUAAUGAGCUUGGUCGUCAACAAAAACUAAACGAAAAAAACCUACUAGAAUAUUUCCAAAACAGCUCAAAGAAAAAGCUAUUAUGUUUUUCAACUUAAAGGAAGCAUCAAAACUAACAUGUUCAGAAGAAAAUAAAAAGCAUUUUUAUGAGAAAAUAUCUCUAUCUGCAUCCCAAUUAGCC